AUGGUUUUUCCGAAGGAUCGUCGUUUGUGGGUGUACCCUUUACUUAUUAUGUUCUUUGUCCUGCUUUGGACUGAGUCACAGAGCUUAAAUGGGGCAACGCACGUGGGGACCUUGACAGGGACAUACCCAUCUGGGCAUUCGAGAAUUUUGUCCGAGUUAUCGUUUUCUUCAAACGAUUCCAUAUUCGGGGAGAAGCAGAACACGAAUGGGAAUCACCAUACUUCCAGAAAUAGCCACAGAAGCAAGAACCAGAAAAGUAACUCACAUGGGAAGAUGCACACAAGGGGCAACAUGUCCAAUGGGAAUCUUCUUGACAGGUCCGAUGACAGUCUGCUUGACAGUUCCAAUGGGACUCUGCCUGACAGGUCCGAUGCGAGUCUAUAUGACAGAUCCGAUGAAAGUCUGCGUGACAGAUCCGAUGUGAACCUGCGUAACAGGUCCGAUGUGAACCUGCGUGACAGGUCCGAUGUGAACUUGCGUGACAGGUCCGAUGUGAACUUGCGUGACAGGUCCGAUGGGACAAAGGAUAGGAAGCCUCACUCCCAACGAAGUCAUGGAACACAUGCAGAACCAUACAGCGGGACUGUUUACUCCAGUUGGAGGAACCUUAUCCUAGAAAGGUACAAACCAAUGCUCCCAUAUGGUUGCACCAUCGAGGACAUUUCGGAGAAUCACAGAAACAAAAAUACAUUAGACUUGCCCUACGAAUCCCUCUUUUAUCCUUGGCUUAGUAAAAAAAAGGCAUUCAUUUCAUAUUUCUACUAUGGGAUAUACUUAGAAAGGAAGUACUACGUCAUGGUGGACGACGUGAACAAAUGGUUUUCCAGCGUAGCAAAAGACAAUAAUUUGCCAGAUGAUUACAAGUUACAGUGGUGGGAAGAAUGCAACAAAGCGCUCCUACACGACUUGGAAUGCAUCCAAAAUACAUUUGACAAUUUAUUCCGCAACUUCGUUGCUAAAAGAAAAGGAAAAUAUAUAUGGACUAUACCAUUUGAAAAUCUACUAAAUAGAUUUUACAAGUUAACAUAUGGAAGUGUUGUCCAAAAUAGGGCAAAGUGGAUUACUAUUUUGACCCAGAAGAUGAGAACCUACAGAUCGAGGACAAACAGGAAGCACAUUACUCAACAAAGAUAA